AUGCCUGGCUUCCACGUCUACCCGCAGGCCUCCCGUCUCUCCGGGGAGUGCUCGCCCGAGGUGAGCUUGGUGGCGCCUUCCACGCCCGCGCCCGCGCCCAUCGACCUCAACACCACACCGGUGGCUGGUGGCUCGUCAUCCGGAGGCGCGAGGAAACGCGCGCGGCACAUGCCAGCUGACGUGCUGCCGGGCGCACGCAACCUGUUCGACGGAAUGCCCGCCUCCGGCGACGACGACUACAUGCAGAACAUCAUCUUCGAGGGUGGUGCGCCGGCCGCUGGCGGUGCCGUCGGGGCUUGCUACGAUCCCGACGAGACACAAAUCCAGGACAGCCGAGGGGCAUUCACGCCGUCCAACUUUGAACAAGAUCAGGCGGCCUUCAUGCAUGAUCAGGUCGGCCUGGACCUGGACGGCUUCCCACUCGACCACGAGUUUCCGGAGGACUACGGGCAAGAGGAAGAGGACGAGUGCGACAUCGAUGGGGAGCCUUUGUUCGAGGACGAGCUCGCCAACCAAGCCGCCGGGGCGAAGCCGAAGCGCAAGAGCAAGCGGACCAAGGCAUACACGGCGGCUGAGGACAUGCUUCUUUGUGAGUGUUGGAGAGACAUUGGGCAAGACCCCAAGACGAGCGCCGAACAAAAGGCAUCAACCUUUUGUAUUCGUGUCCACCGUGAGUUCCAUGAGCGCAAGAAGUUUCCGCCGUACCAAAUAGCAUUUCAAGCUUUGGAGGCAUUCAAGGUCCAACACAAUGGCAAGUGCUUCAACCUCUCCCAUUGCUUUAGGGUCAUCAAAGACGAGGAGAAGUUCAAGGCGCAAUAUGCCGCCCUCAAGUCGUGUGGAGGGAAGCAUGCCGUGGAGGAGGUUAGGGACGGCGAGAAGGCACGGCCGCGGGGGAAGACCAACUCCAAGAAGGAGGACAAGCGGGAUGUGGCGUCGAACGCCUUGAUCGCAAGCAUGGAGGGCAUGAUGAGCAAGAAGGACUCAAGGGAGGAGGAGCGGCGGCGAUACAAAGAAGAACAAAUGAACGCCUUCAUGGAGAUCCAUACAAAGAAGAACAAAUGA